AUGGAAGAUUCGAAGAGGUUGGAAGAGGGGUUUGGCAAUGGCACGAAGCGGGCAACCAUUGCAAAUGAUCAGGACAAGAAAGUUGCAGAAACUGUCCAUGGGAAUGAGGAAAAGAGCAGGACAACCUUGGACCUGCCUGAGGAACAGAAGGAGGAGAAGCCGUUGAUAAAGCAUAAGACGAAAAGGGUUGCGACGUUAGACGCCUUUAGAGGCCUAACCAUAGUGUUAAUGAUACUCGUAGAUGACGCUGGAGAGGCAUAUCCAAGGAUAGAUCAUUCACCUUGGAAUGGAUGCACGUUGGCUGAUUUUGUGUUGCCGUUUUUCCUCUUCAUCGUGGGGGUGGCUGUAGCUCUUGCCCUCAAGAGAAUUCCAGAGGUCAAGUCUGCAAUUAGAAAGAUCAUUUUGAGGACGUUGAAGCUCCUUUUUUGGGGAAUUCUGCUGCAAGGAGGAUAUUCUCAUGCACCGUAUAAUCUGUCUUAUGGGGUCGACAUGAAGCAUAUCCGAUGGUGCGGAAUUCUCCAGAGAAUAGCUUUGGUGUACUUUGUUGUGGCUUUAAUAGAGGCCUUGACCACCAAGCUCAGACCAACCAGCCUAAAAUCUGGUCAUUUUUCAAUUUUCACUGCAUAUAAAUGGCAAUGGAUUGGAGGGUUUGUUGCAUUUGUUAUUUACAUGGUCACGACAUUCUCUCUGUUCGUUCCUGACUGGAGUUUCGUGGUGUACAAAGAUGACAAUGCUGAAAGAUACACUGUAAAAUGUGGUAUGAGAGGACAUUUAGGACCAGCAUGCAAUGCAGUUGGUUACGUGGAUCGACAAGUCUGGGGUAUUAAUCAUCUCUACGCUGAACCAGUUUGGGCACGGUUAAGGGCUUGCACUUUUAGUUCUCCAGGUUCUGGUCCGUUUCGUGAGGAUGCACCUAGCUGGUGUCGUGCUCCUUUCGAGCCUGAAGGGCUGUUGAGCUCGGUUUCAGCCAUCGUUACUGGCACUAUUGGUAUUCACUAUGGGCAUGUACUGAUUCAUUACAAGGGUCAUGCUGAAAGGCUCAAGCAAUGGGUGUUAAUGGGGGUUAGUUUGUUAAUAGUAGCCUGUGUUCUUCAUUUCACAGAUGCUAUUCCUAUCAACAAGCAGCUCUACAGUUUCAGUUAUGUUUGUUUCACCGCCGGUGCAGCAGCCGUUGUGUUCAGUGGCUUAUACAUCCUGAUUGAUGUAUGGGGACUGCGCACGCCAUUCUUGUUCUUGGAAUGGAUAGGUAUGAAUGCAAUGCUUGUUUUCGUUAUGGCAGCACAGGGAAUUUUCGCAGCAUUCGUAAACGGAUGGUACUUCAAAAAUCCAGACAACAACCUGGUGAAAUGGAUUCAGCAGCAUGUCUUUAUUGAUGUAUGGAAAUCUGAGAGACUGGGGACCCUAUUGUAUGUAAUAUUUGCAGAAAUCACCUUCUGGGCAGUGGUGUCUGGCAUAUUACACAAACUUGGCAUAUAUUGGAAGUUGUAAGAGAUUGUUCUGCAUGCUUCAGCUGCUUCAAGAAGUUCUGUACAUGUUCAUUGUGUAAAUCAAAGGGAACUUUGGCCUUCAGUAGUUCUAUUGCAAUCUCAACUGUUAUUCGAUAAGUACAUCUGUUUAUGCCCUUAAAUUAUCUUCAUCUGUUGCAUUGGAUGUUGUACCUGUUGUCAUUCUGAUCUCAUGUGUGGUAUGAUCAAUUUGAG